CCCGUCACCAAGUCAGGGGGCGGGUCAAAGCCUCUGAUUGGUGGUUCAACUUGAGUCGAUUACAUUUGACUAAUUCAAGAUGGCAGCACCCGGUGCGGAAUCUGUCAAUGAAAUAUUGCAUGCUACAGUGGUCGAAAUGUUGGCUGUAGCUGGACAGAUGGAGGCAACUGAUGAUUCACUUUUUUUUUUAAAUCAUAUUGAGGGCUUUGCUGAAAUUAUAGCAACAAUAUCGGCCCUGACUGACACAGACAUCGACGAAAAUGUGUUCACGAUCUUCAGCGAUAUGGUUCAGCAGAUGAGGCUGCAGAGUGAAACAACAGAGACGGUAAACCCUGGACAACCUAGGGGUCGGACUCCGUUUGAUUUGCCGGCUGGCACAAUUGAACACUACGCAUUCUCUGGCCUGAAAAUACACGACAUUGCCAACCUUUUUGGAGUGUCCAAGCGCAAUAUCAAGCGACGAAUGCAGCAGAGUGUUAUCAGAGUUCCAGAUCUGUAUUCCUUGAUUUGUGAUGAGGAAUUGGACGGUAUUGUCACUGAUGUCCAUAGAAUUCAUCCCAACACGGGGUACAAGCUGAUUCAUGGUCAUCUAAAAUCAAGAGGAGUGCGAGUUCCAAUUUCAAGGGUGCAAGCUUCUUUGCGCAGAGUGGACCCAGCGGGGACUGCCAUAAGAGCUCUUCGACUGCAGACACUCCGAAGAAGACAGUAUUCUGUGCCUGGACCUAAUAGUCUAUGGCACAUUGAUGGAAAUCACAAGUUGAUAAAGUAGAGUGCAAUUACUACCAUCUGUGAUUAUAAUCAUAAUGUUCAUAUGCUAACUUAAUUAAAUGAUAUUGCAACACCAAGCCAACAACUGCCCAGUAGAGGCCUUGCACAGAAUGUAAGUCUAGUUUUCUAAAACUGAUUGUUCCAAUCCCUGAUUGUGAUUGACUAUAUCGCGUUCCAUGCCGUUGUAAAAUCCAGCAUUACCUUUCAAGUUGUCCUUAUAACAUUCUAUUAUAACAUUACAUAUUACUGUGCAUCGAAUAUUUCUAAUAAAAAAAGACGUUACAAGGUAGCAAGCAACCUACAGAACGGCAGAAUUAGUUGUGAAUUUGAUUUGCUGGGGAAGCGGUCCAAGGAAUGUCCAAGAGGGACACUGGGCGGAUGGACAAGCUGGUCAGGAAGGCGGUGGGGCAGAGCCUGGACUCACUGGGGACUGUGGUGGAGAUACGGAUGCGGGGCAAGCUCUUGGCCAUCAUGGGCAAUGUUAAUCAUCCCCUCCUCCACCAUGUCCUGGCAGGACAGUCCAGCAGCCUCCGUAGCGGGUGGCUCAACACCUUACGUUCUCGGACUGAGCGUCUUAGGAGAUCCUUUGUCCCAGCUGUCAUAAAACUCUAAUAUAUGACUUCACACUGCACCACGUCUUGCACCUACAAUAUACAUAUACAUCUUCACUGUACAUAACUUAUUGUAUUGUCUGUUUGUAUUGUAUUGUCUGUACAUAUUGUAUGUAAUUGUAAAUGAGAGCUGUGAGAAAUAGGCUACCUGAAUUUCCCCACGGGAUUAAUAAAGUAUAUCUUUCUAUCUAUC